UAGCACUGGCUGAAGCAGCUUAUAAAAGUACUAGGGUGUGCGAAGCUUUUCAGGACCAUAGCCUAGUUCACGAUACCCGGUUCAGCGUAUCCCUAAGUAACCUUAUCACAAAUUCGGCUUCGUAAUACCCAGGUUAUCGUUGCAAAACCACACUACAGUAGCACCUCUAUAGAUUCAUACUCAUGUGCACGUUAAGAACAAUCGUCCGAGCGCAAAUAAGCUGGGGUCCGCGAGCUGACGAAUUAAAGGGAUACGUAGCCCCACGACGAACCACGGAACCACUCACUCAACGCAUCAUCUCCUACCACCCAGUCCCUCCAAUAGCACCACUCUAUCUCCUCAUCGCUUUUCACAGAUUUUACUUUUUCAUCAAGUAUAUAAACCCGUUAAUUACUUGGCAUUUCCAGGAAAGUUGCCCAGUCUGUAUUACAUCUAAACAUAUUAAACAUUUUACGCAAUGUAAACUGAAACGUUCUUCGGAACCCUUUCCCUUUGGCUCCCGGGCUCGAGCCGGGAUGGUGUAGGGUUUGUGGGAGAUUCCGUUUUUGGUGGGGAGUUGAGUCGGAGGGCCGACUACCUC